AAACGAAAUGAAAAGACCGUCAACCACCCUGUCACAGAGAAUAUAGAAUUUAUUUAUUAUUUUUAUUUGUUUGUACAAAAUAGUGAUAAAACACGGCAUGAAUGAAGGCUAAUUCGGUUGAUUUUCCGAUAACCAUCACUUUAUUGAUGCUAUCCUUCAUUCCAUGGCCAGGACCGACCAUAUUCAAAAUCUCUUGUCCGAGAGACAACGCUAGAAUAGUUAGGAAAAUAGUCCAAAGCAAAUGGAUACCUGUAUUAGAUAAAUAUAAGGUCAAGCUACCCUUAGAAUGCCCAUUUCAUCCUCAAAGAGACAUUUUCGGACCGCAACAGGCUGUGAAGAAACAGCACAGACCAUCGCAAUGGACUUGCGGAAUAUGCGGAAAAUCAUUUUUCGAAGAGAAAUUUUUAGACAUGCAUUUUGAUAAUCGUCAUAAGGGAUAUAUUAAUAUGGCUGAAGAUGCUGUAUGUUUAGCAGAUUACUGUGAUAUAAUGCGAUGCGACGUCAUAAAUAUUAUAGAACUCAAAACCGUAUCUUCGAAUCACGAAAAUACCGAUAUUGAGAUUUGGCGCGAAGCUUCGUCGUAUUCGAAAGCUCUGACAACGUCGAGUCCGCGCGACGUUGCUAAGUACAUUGUCAAGAAUGGCAAUUUCGUACUCUUACAAAAGGCUAACAGCAAAGAUGGCAGUAGCGCGAAAAAGUUGUGCCAAAAGACGGAAACACCCGAAGAAGCUGCAGAUAACAAAGAUAGCAGCUCAUCUAGUGACUCCGCUGACGUAAACCAACAAAACGCCAGUUCAAACAACGUUUGCCAGAGCGACCUUGUUGACUCGGCACUACCGCAACCGGACAACCGGCAACAGCGCAUCAACGAAAUUCAAAAAUUGCGCGCCAAUUGUAAACCGGAGGAAUUGCAAAAAAUUAAAACGAAGUGCGAAAUUUUGGUCAGAGACUGUAUCGCUGGAUUGUUGAUUCAGUUAAGUGUGAAAGAUUUUAAGGAAGUAGAAGAUGAGCUAAAUCGUGCGGUUUGCUGGUAUUUAGCCUGCGACAGAUACUGGGAAGAUUCGCAUGCUGAUAUAAGAACUUUUCCAUGGGGAUUAUUGUGCAUGAUCAUGAUGGUACUUUCCUUAGGAGUUUGCCUGUGUUAUUACGUAGUUUGGGUUCUAUUCGAUACGGAUGAUGUUAGUGUGACCAGUGCAAGCAUUACAGAUCGUUCCACACCGUCACCAGCGCAUUUACUUAGAUCUGACAUUAGUUCAGGAGGAGAUGGUCUCAAUGCGUAUUCGGAAGAUUAUAUAGGUACAGAUAAAGAUAACGAUUACAUUUAUGUUACUUACCCGCCCGAUUUGAAACGAAGACUGCUAGAAAGCUGCUACAAUCGAACAACGCGCUUGUGAAAUUAGAAGACAGUUUUAGAAUUUAUAGGAUAGACAAUUUUUCAUCUUGUAGUUUAGAAAUUAUGUAGCGAAACUCCAGGAAAGUCUGAAAUUAAAUUCUCAAAGAAGAAAAAAUAAUAAAGUUUUUACCUCAUUGAAUAUGCACAUUCUUUUUUUUUUUUUUUCAUAUAGGCAGGGCCGGCUCCAGAUAUUUCGGCGCCCUGUGCAAAAGGUAUUUUUGCCGCCCCUCUUACCGAUUACUUUCCUACUUUUUAGUUUUAGUACUAUUCUUGGUACCUCCUAUUUGCUAGAGUCCUUAUAUGAUAUAUACUAUAUUUUUAUCAUUUUUAAGUUUUUAAUGGAAUAAUUUUAUUACUAUACUUAUUAUUUUAAUGCAACCUACAAUUGACCUUUUCAAUUUAAAAGCUUCUUUCUCUGGGGUCAGACUGUCAGACGCCAAAAGAGUAUGAAAACAAUGGUUUGAGAGCCGUUGACACUGGUUUGUUGACAAGAUUUUUAUACGUAUGGAAACUGGAAACUAUCAUUUCCUCGUUUUUUUCAAGGUUUUUUCCUAACAAUGGUGAUAGUGUGUCUUCUCGUAAAAAUAAUUCCCAUUCACCGGCGGACGUGUCUUUCACUAAGUUUCCAUCAAAUCUCACAUUUGUCAAAAUUUGGAUACACAAAAUCAGAAAGGAUACUCGCAAAAGAAAGGGAAAUCUACGGCUCAUCAAGUAUACAAAGUAAUAUAUGUUCAAGUUUAUUUUGCGGAAGCUGUCUGCUUUCUAAAUAAUCCACCACCCUCUCCAUAGCGAAGUUCUGCAGAUGAAACAGUGACUUUUCUCAAAUUUUGUUUCCAAUUUCGAAUUCACUACUGCGUUUUAAUUCUCAUCUUUCACCGAUGGAUCCACCAUUCUAUGUCGGUCAUUGUCAUUUUCCAUUCACUUAACAAAGAUAGCUAACUCAUCGGUGAAGUCACCGAUUAGAAAUAAAACAAACAAAUGUUGGCGGGAAAAUGAAUGUUUUCAUACUAUCGUCCAUCUCUUUUAAUUAAAAAGGUCAAUUAUUAGUGGCAACUCUCAAAUAACACCAAAACAGAACCUACAAAUCGCUUGCGGACGCGUGAAACAAGCUAGCGUUAGAUCUUUUCGGGUUCUCGUUUUUCGAACUGUUCGCGAACCAUCCUGGAACUGCGCAGAACUAGUUGCGUACUUAUUCAGUCCUUGGAACUGUGCUCAGAUCAUUUGGAAUUGAUCAGAAUUUGAAAAAACCCGAACAUAUUUUAUUUUACUUUUUUACAGAGCGAUAAUUGAUGAAAUAAAUCAUGAAUCUAUUGUAAUUUGUAGUGUGCUUUUUUUCACCCAACAAUUCUCCUCGAAAUUUUUGCCGCCCUUCGACUUUGCCGCCCCGUGCAGGGGCACAGGCUGCACGGGUCCUGGAGCCGGCCCUGCAUAUAGGGAUGAGUAUUUUUUCUUAUUACCUACUUAGUUGUUUUUAGUUUAUAGUUUAUAGUUUUUAUUUUCAAUUAGUUGUCCAGAAGUGCUAGAA